AUGUCUUCUUUAGGGCUGGGUCCCCAGCAGGAUUUAUUUCUGCGUCAAGGAAGAUUACAGCUAAUAGGAUUUGCUUCCUGGAGGCUGUUGGCAUGUUUGGUGCAAACCCUGCACAGUCCUUUCUUAAAGGAGAAUAUGGACCCUAUUUGUCACAUUUUUCUUCUUCUCCUGCUCUUCCACAAGAUAAACCCAUCUGUUUUGUCUUGUGUCACAGGAUGCUCUUGUUCUCAAGACAGCUUUGGAAGGAGUUUGCUCUGCAUGUCUGCACUGCUGAGGCAGAUCCCUACAAACAUCCCUCAGGACCUCCGGAAAAUUAGAAUAGAAAAUUCUCACCUAACAGAAUUGCCUCGUGGGUCUUUUGAGAACGUUAGUGCCUUGGAGUAUCUCUGGCUCAAUUUUAACAACAUCACAGUGAUGCACAUCAAGAGCCUGGAAUAUCUGCAAACUCUGAAGGAGCUGCGCUUGCAAGGAAACAAAUUAAGUUCAGUGCCAUGGACAGCAUUUCAAGACACCCCAGCUCUGAAAAUCCUGGACCUGAAGCAUAACCGGCUGGAUGUCCUUCCAGAACACGCGCUCCGCUAUCUGCCCAACCUGACCUAUUUAGAUCUAUCCUCAAAUCAGCUUACUGUCAUAUCAAGGGAUGUCUUCUACAACUGGCCUGUCUACCAGAGAAGCCAGAGGGCGGAGGGGCAGAUAGAAGCUAUUUCCAAUGCUGUCCUGGCCCUUCAUGACAACCCCUGGAUUUGUGACUGUCGCCUGCGAGGAUUUGUCCAGUUCAUCAAGUCAGUCGGCCCACCUAUUAUUCUGAUGAAUUCCUAUUUAACUUGCUCAAGCCCAAAAUUCAGAGCAGGGAAGUUUUUUUAUGAAGUGGAGCUAAACAGCUGCAUGAAGCCCCUGACCUCAGCUCUUGACACCAACCUGACAGUCCCAGUGGGGCUGAACGUCACCCUGACCUGCUUUGUGCAAGCCAGCCCUUCCCCAGCUAUCUGGUGGACCUAUGCACUCAAACUUUUAAGGGCAUUUAAUGUGUCAACCGAGCACGUCAGUGAGGAGACCAUACGCUCAGAGCUGCUGAUCCCGUCUGCACGGCCUGCGGACGCCGGCAACUACACCUGCACGGCCGCCAACUUCUUGGGCAAUGCCUCGGUGGCCAUCACCCUCCAUGUCGGUGCCCCAUGGGCUUCUACCACUUCACCAGACUGGGCUCCCAUCGCUCCUGCUGAGACGGGUGCCCACGUAGAGGUACGAAUCGCCAAGCAGACGGUCUAUGGCAUCACCCUGGAGUGGUUUGCAGUGGCAGCAGCAGCAGAGCCUGGGGAGACCUGGUACACCCUCCUGGUGGGUCGCUACGAUGCCGCCCAGAAGGAUGCCAUCUACAUCGGCCCUGGUGUUAACACCUACUCGGUGACCGACCUGCUGCCC